AUGCUUCUGGCUGCUAUAGGAUGCCUGGUCAGCGCCCAGGUCCAAAAGCCCAUGUCAAAUGUCCAUCAAAAUGUCAAGUUUGAUGUUAGAGAGCAGUCCCCUGAUCUCUGCGACGCUGGAUCCCGAUACUGGACUGGCACCGUCAACAUUACAUCAGAAAAAUCCAUGUUUUUUUGGUACUUCCAGAGCCGUAACAAGCCAGACACGGAUCCUCUGCUACUUUGGAUGAGCGGCGGCCCUGGCGCAACAGGAGAGUUAGGCUGCUUCCUCGGCACCGGCCCUUGUGCGGUCAAUCAAGAUGGAAACUCGACAAGACGCCUAGAGUAUUCGUGGACGGAUCACGCUAAUGUCAUUUAUAUCGACCAGCCGAUCGGUGUUGGCUUUUCAGAGAUUGCCGACCGUGAUGACAUUGCCGUAAGUCUUGAGCAAGGCGCGCGAGAUAUCUACUCGUUCCUAUCCACCCUCUCUACAGAGGUAUUCCCUGACUUCUCCGGGCGUCCUUGGCACAUAACAGGCGAGUCGAUGGGAGGCCACUACGUUACCGGUUAUACCAAGUAUAUCAUGGAGCUAGAGCAUGAGAGAGUCGCUCAAGGGCUAGAUCCUCACAUCAACAUCUCCUCGGCCGUUAUCGUUGAUGGAUACAUCGAUUCAUCUUAUCAAUCUUCUGGCUACUACGACUUUUUCUGCACUGACUGGGACCCUGUUUCCCAAUUACGCACCGCACCACUGAUGAACGAAGCUACCUGCGCCGAGAUGGCUGCUGCAGUGCCAACUUGUGAGCUCAUGGGAGCUCACUGCAGAGAGAGCUACAACCCUAAGGUUUGCCUCUCAAUGAUGGUCACUUGUGAGCGCACUGUUGGGAAGUACUAUACUCGAGAUAUCCGCCCAGGAGGCUGGGAUCCUUAUGAUAGUCGUCACCCCUGUGAGAAGCCUCCGCUGUGCUCCAACUUUGCUCAUGGGGAAACAUGGAAAUUCUUUAACCAACCUUGGGUACAAGAAAGGCUUGGGUUCUCGGGAUUACCUUUUGAGCUGAUUGACUUUGACACCAAUAACCGUUGGGUCAAGGCCGAGCACUUGUAUCGGCCUGUUACUCGUGAGCUGACUUGGCUACUUGACAACACCGACAUUCGAAUCCUGGUCAUCAAUGGUAACAAUGACAUUAUCAUGUAA